AUGAAGCUCGAAGGAAUUGAUUACAACUUCAACAAUCCAGAAGAACAAAGAACAAAUGUAACAGCCGGCUACCACCCAAAGAACAUCAGCAUCUUAACCGCGUUGAACGACGACAUGUUUCGACGUCUGGCUCCAACUGUUGUAGUUCUGGUUGCUGUUAUGGUGGUGGGUGUUGCCGGGAAUAUUCUCAUCUGCUACAUAUUCACUAGGAAGUUGCGGAGAAACAGCCAGAACUUCCUGCUGCUUUGUCUGGGGAUAUUCGAUUUACUGAGCAGCUGUGUGGGAGUUCCGUCAGAGAUAUUUGACGUGCGACACUACUAUCUGUACGAAUCCGUUGAAAUGUGCAAGGCUAUGAGGUUCCUGACCACGUUCCCCUCACUGGCUUCCAUUCUGGUGCUGCUGGUGAUCGCCGUGGACAGGUACAGGAAAAUCUGCAAGCCGCUGCACCACCAGAUCCAUCUCUCCCACGCCAGGAUCGCCCUCAUCAUUAUCGUGGUCAUCGCCUUCACAUUGUCCGUUCCCGCUCUGUACAUCUACGGCCACAGGUCAUUCCCGACCCCGGUACCAGGAGUAUAUGGCUACGACUGUUCGGUAGAUGAUGCGUUUAAAGAUCAACCUUACCCUCUAGUUUACGAAGGAAUAUUUCUGGCGGCAUUUUCAGUAUGCACCAUUGUUCUUGCCUCUAUCUAUAUCAGAAUAUGGUUGGAGACAAAGAGGCAUAUAAAAUACCUAGAAACGCAUGCUACAUUCGGGACAGGAUUGCUCGAUGAGGCGACGACAACAACAUCUUCUUUAAAUUUCGAAGAUUCCUCGUUAGAAAAUAUCCUUGAAGAUAUUUCACAAACAAGAAGUAAGAAGGCAUCACAUAAAUCAUUGCAAAAGAAACGAAGCUCUAGUCACUCACACCGAAAAGUCAGCUCAAGUCCAACGUUUUUACGUGAUUCUGACAGUACAUCCAGAUUUCAAGGACCCGCAGUUAUCAAACUGACAAAGAAACCCAGUGAGCAAAGAAUCAAAAAUGAUCUGGCAACAUCUGAAACGUGCAACUGUCGGUGGCAGAUUGGAAGCGGAACUGAUGAUUGUGACCUAGAUAAUGGCGCAUCUGAAGCUUUAUAUGAACUUCAAACCUAUAAAACGGGGAACGAAGUUUCUAUAAAGUUUUUUAAUUCUCAAGUCUUGCCUGGUGAAGAAAUAAACGAAUCAGUAAAUCCUACCAAAGAACUUGAAAGUAGCAUAAAGCAACUACCAAAAACUCCUGUUCAGAAGGACUUUGAUAACCAUGUACAGUCAAAAGUUUCAACUCACUCAGUUUAUUCUGAAGGUGGUCGUGGUAUACCUUCCAACAAGAGUGUCAUCUUUAACCAGGAGAUCAGUGUUAGCAACGACUUCUCCCAGCAACGCUCUAGAAUGAGCAGUCCAGAUUUCUCGAAGACAGUAAAUGUCAAAGAAAGGAUUAAAUAUGAUGCUUCAGACAAUAUACUGCCUAGAGCUUCGUCUGAAAAUAUCAAAGAUUCUAGUCAGCCAAAGUGUGGCAAAAAACAGGUCAACAGCACUUCGUCGUCUGGUCAAACCGGAAUUAUGUUGCAAGGAAAGCGAGACUUUGUUCGAUAUUCAAAAGUUCCUACUAGGCCAAGUGAAAACAACCAAGAUGACUUGUUGCCAGGAAACACGUCACAAAACGGUGUCCAGCUAAGACAAAACUCAUCUGUAAUUUUGUCAGAAUUUGGUUUUGAGUCAUCAGCCAACGCGAUCGCCACACAAUCCGCAGAUGUAUAUAGAGCUCCUCCUACUCGAACACUUCACCACAGCAAAUCAAGCCAAUCCCUGCUGAUAGCCAAACGAGUAAGGAAAGCUCUGCGAGCCACAAGGACAACAAUUAUUGCUUUUACGAUCACCAUUGGGUUUAUUCUCAGCUACCUUCCGCAUUUGAUUCUCAUCAUCCUGCGCUCUGUGAAGACCGACUUUGAGCACCACUUUGACGAUGUGUCUCUGAUUUUCUACAAUAUUUUCAUACGUUCUUACUUUGCUAAUAACGUCAUCAACAUUUUCGUGUACGGAACAAUGAAUCUAGAAUUCAGGACUCAGAUUCUCAAUGUAUGGAGCAAGAUAAAGUGUUCCAAGAAGCUGAAGUAA